AUGGCUAAUGUCCAAGCUGUCUUAUCUGCCCUCGAUGUCUUCGGUCGCGCCCCCAACAAGGCGUCUCUCGACCAGGCAAAUGCAUGGCUGCAGGAUUUCCAGCACUCCCGAGAUGCAUGGACCACCUGCAACGUCCUUCUCUUGUCUCCGGAUGCUCCCCCAGCAGCUAAACUAUUCGCCGCGCAGACGUUCAGAACGAAGGUCACCUAUGAUCUUCAUGACAUGACCAUGCCGGAGGACCUUUUCCAUUUUCGCGAUUCCCUCGUCAUGGCACUAGAGAGAUACCAUACUGGACCGCGUACGAUCAUCGUCCAACUCUGUCUAGCUGUGUCCGGCCUGGCGCUGCAGCUCCCUGCCUGGGAGGAUCCCGUACAGAACAUGAUCGAUAAGUUUGGACCCAAUCCCGCUACAGUUCCCGCUCUGCUCCAAUUCUUAACAGUCCUGCCAGAGGAAAUUACCAGCAAUACGAAAAUUCCUGUGACUGACGAGGAGUACAGAGAACGCGCUGCCAAAAUUCUUACCGCGAAUGCUGUCAAGAUCGUGAAUCUCCUUUCAAUGUAUAUGCAAGCUACAGGUGUCACAGCUGCUGUUCAAGCACAGAUUUUUACUUGUCUCAGCAGCUGGCUUGCUGCAGGGGAGAUUACAGCGUCGUCUCUUGCGCAGUCACCACUUCUAGCAUUCGCUUUCGAGGCGUUAGCGUCUGACGGGCUCUUCGACGCAGCCGUCGGCGUGAUAUGCGACCUAAUUCAUGAAACUCAAGAGAUCGAUGAUAACAUGGAAGUUAUUGAGAUUAUUGUCCCAAGGAUCGUUGCUCUGAGGCCCAAAUUGAACGAAUGCAAGGACGAUCCAGAAAAGAUCCGAGGCUAUGCACGUAUCUUCACGGAGGCCGGAGAGACGUAUCGCAGUCUGCUGCUCCAUCAUCCCGACACCUUCUUCCCAAUCGUCGAAGCCAUCGGGGAAUGCGCUGCUUACCCUGACCUCGACAUCGUCCCCAUUACGUUCCAUUUUUGGAUGCGGUUAGCCCAAACUAUCGGAAAGAAGUCUUCUGUCUCGCCCUUGUUUCUGGAUGCGUACAAGGCCCUCAUGGGCAUCAUCAUCCAGCAUCUCCACUUUCCGGAAGAUAGCAGCUCUUUGACGGGACAAGAAGCCGAAAACUUCCGCUCGUUCAGACACAUCAUGGGGGACACCCUCAAGGAUUGCUGCUACGUUCUGGGCGCAGACACCUGUUUACUCUCCACUUACAACGUGAUCACUGUAGCGUUGUCGCGGCCGAGCGUGUCUUGGCAAGAAAUAGAAGCCCCGCUAUUCUCCAUGAGAUCCAUGGGUGCGGAGGUUGACCCCACGGACGACAGGGCGGUGCCGAAGAUAAUGGACCUUAUUCCGUCCCUUCCACAACACCCUAGAGUGCGAUACGCAGCUCUGCUCAUUAUUUCCCGCUACACCGAAUGGAUUAAUAGGCACCCUAAUUAUAUUCCUUACCAGCUCCAGUAUAUCUCUGCUGGGUUCAAUGACACCGACACAGAAGUUAAUGCCGCCGCAGGUCAAGCGCUGAAAUAUCUGUGUCAAGAUUGCAAGCGUCACUUGGUCGAUUUCUUGCCACAACUUCAUACCUUCCUUGGAUCGACUGGUUCUAAGCUCGCACAGGACGACAAGAUCCAAGUAUACGAAGCAAUUGCCUACGUGAUAUCGGCUAUGCCAAUGGAGCAAGCCGCUCAGUCAUUGCGGGCAUUCUCCUUGGAUAUCUUGGCUCAAGUUCAUGCAAUCGCAAGGAAACCGACUCUCGCUUCGAAGGACGAACUGCAAGCUGUCGCUAAUGGCCUCGAGAAUCUCGAAGUUAUGCUGGGUGUAAUCGACACAUUUGGGGAAGAACUGCCCUCCGCUUGCCAGAACAGCUGCCAAGAAGCGUGGUCAUUCUUUGAUCCGUUCUUGGCGAAAUACGGAUCAGACUAUCACAUUUGCGAGCGGACCACCCGAGUCCUCCGUCUCGGUCUCAAUUUCUUUGGCCCUGCGGCUCGUCCAUUACUGCCUUCCGUACUCACAAGGAUGUCCACAGCAUUUGAAGUUACUGGCUUCUCCAGCUAUCUCUGGAUUGCGGGAAAGAUCGUGGGCCGCUUCGGAAACGACGACGACACUGCUCUGCGCAACGCCUUCAAAGAAGUCUUUGAGAGAUCAUCCAAGAAGCUGGUUGGUAUUCUUCAACAGAAAACCCCAUCCAGUAUACCUGAUGUUAUGGAAGACUACUUGCAGAUGCUGCUGCAACUGCUUGAGUACGCGCCCGACGUACUCUUUCCCUCUCCUGCUUUUCCUAUUGCCUUCCGCGCUGCAAUGGCGGCGCUGACUGUCAUACACACUGAUAUCGUGUUCGCCGCAUUGGACUUCAUACGCAACAUCCUCACCCAUGAUUGUCUAACCACGACUUCAACUGCCCCUCCGCCUAAAUUCCCGCUGUAUGCCGCGGCCAUCCGACCAGUAGUUGAGAAGGAAGGCCUGGAAUUGUCCGGAUACCUCUUGACUGGCCUAGUUGGGGAUUUCCCGGAAGACUCCACUUCGAUAGUAGUGACGAUCUUUCGGAUGAUGGCGUCUUUGUGGCAGGCCCAGCUGCUAUCGUGGUUGCCAGUGGUUCUACUAGGCCUUCCAUCGACAUCCGCUCCAGACCAGGCCAAGACUCAGUUCAUGGCAGACAUGAGCAGUGCUAUCCGAACGGCGCAAUAUGACAAGGUGAAAUACGCGAUAAUAACAUUGCAUAGGGCGUCUCGUAAGGCUCGUGAGAGGAGACGUAUCAGUCCGCUGGAUACCUGA